GAAGAUUAUUCAAAUCAAGCAAAGUAAGGCAAAAACUCGAAAAACAUUAUUGUGGAGUACUUACUCUUUUUUGUUAGUAUGCAAGCCAUCAUGGAAAAAAGGCGUAGGAGAAGAGAGUCUCAUAAUGCAGUGGAAAGAAGAAGACGGGACAAUAUCAAUGAUAGAAUUCAGGAACUCGGCACACUUCUGCCCGAUUCCGUUGACGAUGGGGUAAAUCGAUUGAAUAAAGGCACUAUACUACGCAAGAGUGUUGACCAAAUAAAGAAAUUACAGAAUGAUGUAGCCCAACAUAAACAAAGAGUUCGAGAGUUAGAAAUGGUUUUACAACAACAUGUUCGGCAAAACAACAAUAUUCAACAUUUGUAAUUAUACCUUAUAUCUUUCAUAUCUUUCUUGUGUAUUAUAAAUAUCUUUCUCUCUUUCUGUAUACUUCUUCACACAUAUACUUUAGAUACACUUUAUGUAUUCUCUCUCUUUCUCUUUUUUUUUUCAUACAAUAAAUACUUAAUGCCAAUA